CCUAGUGGUAAACCGUUGUGUGACUGCGGCAAAUCUCACUGUGACAGAGCAAUGUGGCUUUAAUGCCUCUCAGCCAACACUGCUUUUGAUGCACAUUCAAAUAAAUCAACCGUUAACAGAAAUGACGCCGUUUUCUGUUCGGACGUGUCUCUGAAAAGGCGCUAAAACUCAUUUGGAUGUCCGGUGACGUAUCCGCCGCUCCGCCGUCUCCUUUGGAGGUUGUCAGCUUCAUUGGCAAAACCGUUGGCGCAGGCGCGGCACUGACAGCUGCUGUCUACUUACUCCGCAAAGUCUGCUUGAUAAUGGCGUGGAAAUCAGGAGGAGCCAGCCACGCAGAGCUCGUUAACAAUCUCCGCAAAAAUGGCAUUAUUAAAUCUGACAAGGUGUAUGAAGUCAUGCUGUCCACAGACAGAGCACAUUACUCCAGGUGUAACCCGUACAUGGACUCGCCGCAGUCAAUAGGCUACCAAGCUACCAUCAGCGCCCCACACAUGCAUGCCUAUGCACUAGAGCUCCUACACGAUCAGCUGCAUGAGGGAGCCAAAGCUCUGGACGUCGGCUCCGGCAGUGGAAUCCUGUCUGUUUGCUUUGCACGAAUGGUAGGCCCUAAAGGUAAAGUUAUAGGAAUCGAUCACAUCAAAGAGCUGGUAGACGAUUCUAUAAACAACGUGAAGAAAGACGACCCCAACUUGAUUACAUCAGGCCGAGUCAAGCUAAUAGUGGGCGACGGCAGGAUGGGUCACACAGAGGAGGCGCCGUAUGACGCCAUCCAUGUUGGUGCAGCAGCUGCCACCGUCCCCCAAGCUCUUUUGGACCAGUUGAAGCCCGGCGGGCGUCUGAUUCUCCCGGUCGGCCCGGCCGGAGGCAACCAGAUGCUGGAGCAAUACGACAAGAUGGAGGACGGCAGCACCAAGAUGAAGCCCUUGAUGGGGGUGAUUUAUGUGCCUUUAACAGACAGAGACAAGCAGUGGUCCAGGUGGAAGUGACUUCCUUCUCCCCCUCCUCCCUCUCUCUCCUUCUCACAGUGGCAAAGGGAUGAACUCUGAAUAAGAAGACGAGCCAUAAUCCACCUUUAAGUUUGAAACCUGGGGAAAACUCGGAUGGCAUCAGCAAGCCUUGAUAUUUUUGUUUCAAGCAUUAUAAAACAUGCUUUAUUUUUAUUUUUUUUUGUUCAAGACAAAAGAGGGACUGGAGAAAUAACACUGACGGCUCUUAAAGGGCUGCAAGGAAAAGACUGCUUGAAGCUCCAUGCAGAAAUAUUCAAGAUGGGCUUUUUGUUUCUUUUUUUUUCCAGGCCUCCAUCUUUUGGUUAAUUUAAUUUUAACUGCUGGGGUUUUUUUUUGUGUGUUUUUUUUUAUUGCAGUCGGGUGUUUUUGCAUUACAUUUCAGCAGGGUCAAAGCUGAAUGUACGAGGAAAGCAGAACAAAAACACCGGAGACUUUUAGAUAAUUCACCUAGCUACAGCGUGUGUGUGUGUGUGUGUGUGUGUGUGUGUGUGUGUGGCUCAUCUAACUGUAGAUUUUUCUGCUAGAAUAUAAGCUUGUUUUCCCCUCAAACCCCUUCCAGCAGUAUUAGAAAACACGAACAACACCGUGACUGAUGUGCAGAACCGUUGGGUCACGUAUGAAACACUCAGCUCUCUGGAUAAACUUCAGAAACAGCACCUAACUCACCAAAACGCAUGCAGGUACAGGGCUGCGCUUCCCACCGGGUGACGUGUCGUUUGCUGCCGCUGGUCUCCAAUUCCGACGUGUUCGGUCACUAACUGGGAGAGUCACUGCUUUGCCAAAAUAAACUUCAACAAUAUAAAGCAAAUGUCUGUUUUCUUGGAGAAAAAAAAAGAAUAAUACACAAAAAAAGCACAUUUUAUUUAGAGGGGUUGAAGUGGUUGAUUAUAUUUGGCUUUCACAAUAUCUGGAAUGGGAUAUAAAAAUAAAGAGAUGUUUAUGUUUU